UAAAUUAACAACUUUUCAACCACUAAUUUGUGAAUCCCCAACCGGACAAUGACGACUCGAUUCAAGAAGCACAGGAAGAAGCGCGGCCACGUCAGCGCCGGGCAUGGCCGUAUCGGAAAGCACCGCAAGCACCCCGGAGGUCGCGGAAAUGCUGGAGGAAUGCACCACCACCGUAUCCUCUUCGACAAAUACCAUCCUGGGUACUUCGGGAAGGUCGGUAUGAGGUACUUCCGCAAGCUCCCCAACAAGUUCUUCUGCCCAACCGUCAAUGUCGACAAGCUCUGGUCCCUAGUCCCGGCCGAUGUCCAGGCCCAGGCACAAAAGAGUAAGGAUUCUGCACCAGUGAUCGAUGUGACUCAGUACCGAUGCUUUAAGGUUUUGGGUAAGGGUGUUCUACCCCCUGCCCAGCUUGUUGCGGUGAAAGCUAAGCUGAUCUCGAAGAUUGCUGAGAAAAAGAUAAAGGAGGCAGGUGGUGCCGUGUUGCUAACUGCUUAGGUUGGAUUAGAUAAUUUUCUCAUCUAAAUUUUUUGUUAAUUACUGUUUUGAUUUUAAUUAACGGUGAUUUUGAGCCUCCGGGAGUUAUUACUGAAUUGCGGUUCGGUUUUAGAUUUCGUUAUAUUUGCUGAGAUGAUUUUCAAGUUGAAAUUUUGCGCUGUUUACGUUGCUAAUAUUUUUAAAUGUCGCAUUUUUUGAAUGCUCUAA